AUGCCACAUAUUACAGCCUGUUCGGAGCUAAAAGACACAGAAAAGUUACUUUGGUACUAUGACCAAAUUGAGAAGCAAUGCUUAUCUACAUCCGACUGCAUUCUGAACGACAAUCGUUUCCAAAGCGAGGCUGACUGCAAAUCUGCCUGCCUUCCCAAAUCACCCUUAAAUCGAUGUCUGGUCCCUCCAAAGGCGGGCUACGCUCAGUGCGCCUACAGUGGCAAUCGCUCCGGUCCUUCCACAACCAUCCAGAAGGCAUACUACGACAAGGUGCACGAACGUUGCUCGUGGUUUGUCUACCUCGGUUGUGGCGGAAGUGACAAUCAAUUUGCCUCCAUUGAGGAAUGCAAUGACAGCUGUAUGACUCCGGAAGCUCUCACCACCAUUCGACAAAGUAGGUUCAGCGAGAAAAUAUCAUUAAGGCCUUUUAAUCAUCAAUACAGUUAA